UGAAGAUCGCUCAUGAAAUAUGUAUAUUAGUAUUUCUAAUAUUUUUUAAACAGUAAAAUUAAAAUUAAAUAAUAGUAAAGUGAAAAUGUUGCGUCAAAUUACAGCUGCGCGCCAUACCCAAACGUUACUCCUUCAGCAGGUACAUCGCAGAGGCUACCAAAGUGAGAACGGUGUCUAUGGUUACAGGCCCUUGCCUAAACGCGUCUUUCGAGUGCCUAACGAAGUGCUGCAGUCGAGGAAUGCCCAAGGCAAUGUUUAUCGUUGGAUCGAGGCCUAUCGCAAGCAUGGCCACAAACUGGCCGCUAUYAACCCUAUCAGCAUCAGAGACCAGCAAAGCAUCACCAUCGAUGAACUGAACCCUGAGUUUUACGGGCUUGCUCUAGAUAAUUCCGUACARUCGCAGGGUUUAAUAAACUUACCUCAAUUGGGCACAGGGAACCCUGCAACCGUAAUAGAAUUGGCAACGUUGUUGAAGAACAUUUACUGUGGCAGAUCGCUCAGUGCGGAAUUCGACUACAUUGAGAACCUGGAGGAGCGCGAAUGGCUAUCGAGACAUUUUGAACAACUCUCUUUUGGAUAUCAGCAGCAGCAGCCGGGUUUCAGCUUCUCAGGGGAWGCGCGUCGUCAGAUUGCCGAACUUCUGGUAAAAUCGCAAACGUGGGACAAUUUUAUGGCGAUUCGAUUUGCAAGUGUUAAACGCUAUGGCGGAGAAGGUGCCGAAAGUCUACUGGCCUUCUAUUGGCAAUUGUUGCGUACCGCUGCACAAAAUGGCAUUGGGGAUAUUGUUGUGGCAAUGCCGCAUCGUGGACGUAUGCCUCUCCAAACGACGAUGUUGAAUAUGCGACCAGCAAAAAUUUUCCACAAGCUCAGCGGCGARUCGGAGUUUCCGGAUGAUGCACCGGCUAUGUCUGAUACUUUAAGUCAUUUCCAUACUUCCGAGGACCUGGACGUGGAAGGAAAGAAGAUACAUAUGAGUUUAAUAAGAAACCCAUCGCAUUUGGAAGCAGCAAAUCCUGUGGCCAUGGGCAAAACCCGCUCAAAACAACAAAGCACYCGUGAUGGUGCAUUCAGUGAUGAUCACUCGAAACCCUUUGGUACUACAGUACUCAAUGUUCUCAUUCAUGGUGACGCCGCAUUUGCUGGUCAAGGUGUUAAUCAGGAAUGUCUAAAUAUGGCCUACGUACCACACUUUGAGGUGGGUGGCAGCAUACAUCUGAUUGUGAACAAUCAGAUUGGCUUUACAACACCCGGUGACCGAGGUCGAUCCACCGACUACGCUUCGGAUUUGGCCAAAACCAUUCAAGCUCCCGUUUURCAUGUGAAUGGUGACAAUCCCGAAAUAGUCGCCUUAGUAACGCAAUUGGCAAUAGAAUAUCAAAGAGAAUUCCGCAAAGAUAUAUUCAUUGAUAUGAAUUGCUUUCGUCGUUGGGGACAUAAUGAAAUGGACGAUCCAACUUUUACGAAUCCACAAGUUUACCAAAUCAUACACAAUCGCAAAUCCGUACCUGAUUUGUAUGUGGAGAAAUUAAUAGAGGAUGGAGUGCUCAACUCCGAACAGGCAAAAUCRAUGCGUUCUGAUUACUGGAAUUAUUUAGAUUCCGAAUUGGCUAUAUCAGAAAGUUAUAAGCCCGAGGCAAAUUACUUUAGGAAGCAAUGGACCGGUUUAACAAGUGCAUCAGAUAAACUCACCAUCUGGGACACAGGUCUUGACUAUCAACUACUUAACUAUAUUGGCCACCAGAGUGUUUUUCACCCAGAAGAUUUCAACGUUCAUCCGCAUCUGUUGAAAACCCAUAUUGAGGGCCGACGAAAGAAAUUGGAUARCGGCGAAAAGAUCGAUUGGUCCACAGCGGAAGCCUUGGCGAUCGGCAGUCUUAUGUAUCAAGGCCAUCAUGUACGCAUUAGCGGGGAGGAUGUGGGACGUGGAACCUUCUCUCAUCGCCAUGUCAUGCUGGUCGAUCAAAAGACCAAUGAAAUGUUCAUACCAUUGAAUAGCCUGAAAGGUGGGAACGGCGGCAAACUAGAAAUUGCACACAGCAUACUUUCCGAGGAGGCUGUGUUGGGCUAUGAGUACGGAAUGGCCAUAGACGAUCCGCAAAAGUUAAUUAUUUGGGAAGCUCAAUUCGGCGAUUUCGCGAACGGUGCACAAAUAAUAAUCGACAAUUACAUAAUAACAGGCGAGACCAAGUGGAUGGACUCAAAUGGCUUGGUGAUGUUGCUGCCACAUGGCUACGAUGGCGCUGCAUCCGAGCAUAGUUCCUGUCGCAUUGAACGCUUUCUGCAGUUGUGUGACUCCAAAGAAACCGCACCCGAUGGUGACAAUGUMAAUGUGAACGUUGUUAAUCCCACCACUUCGGCUCAGUAUUUCCAUCUGUUGCGCCGCCAAUUGCUGCGCAAUUUCCGCAAACCUCUCGUUGUGGUCGCCCCGAAAAUAAUGUUACGUCAUCCGGCUGCCACAUCCACAUAUGUUGACUUCCAGCCGGGCACACAUUUCCACAAUGUGCUGGGUGACCCAACUGUUGUUGCUGACCAAGUUCGUAAAGUCAUAGUCUGUUCGGGCAAACAUUUCUUUGUGCUAGAUGAAGAGCGCCAAAAGAGAGGCAUCACCGAUACGGCCCUCAUACGGCUUGAGUCAUUAUGCCCCUUUCCAGCCUAUGAACUGCAACAAGAGAUAGCUAAAUACACACAGGCAAAGACYUUUCUUUGGAGUCAGGAAGAGCACCGCAAUAUGGGCGCUUGGAGUUUUGUACGCCCACGUUUUGAGUGCUUGAUCGGCAAACAGCUAAAAUACGUUGGCCGGUCUGAAGCAGCUACCACAGCAACUGGCAUUGGCAAAGUGCAUAAGCGAGAGAUGGAAGAAAUUGUUACGAACUCCUUUAACUAGCCUGUAUGUAUCAGACUGCCAAAGCUUUCGGUCUGAUGACUGAAAUCGAUUAUUGCAUUUACAAACGGAAUUCGUAUCCUUUAAUAUAGACUUCUUUUGCUUUAAAACUACUUAA